AUCCUUCCUUCGGAGCAGUCGUCCAGCUCGACAGACACUCGAUCCUGCUGGCGCCUAAUCUCCAAAGACCCCACUCAUCUCCUCCUUCUAUCCACCGACAUCCCCAUCCUCGUAUCUGGACCUGCAGUCUUUUCACUCUCAACCCGAUCUCCCUACAGCAGCCCUAUCCAUAUUAUCGUCGCAAUGUUCGAGAUCGACAAUCCCCUCGGCAGCAAACGGCCCUCUUCACACUAUGACCACAAACGCAACAGCAGCAGAACGACCGUUUCCGAGAAGAAGCCUCCUGCCCAUACCGCACAGUCCCAUGGCCACAACCGACGAUCCUCCACUCGAUCCUCCUUCGAAACUGCAAACCCAGGCAAUGGUGUUGUCCUGUCCAUGCAUAACCUGAGCAGACAUCCCUCGAUGAAUGCGACGUUUGGCGAGGAUGUGGUCAUGGAGUCUGGCUUCCGAGGAUACCUCGUUGUCUUUGGGGGGUUUCUUGUCAUCCUGGCUGCAAUCGGCUACGUCUCCGUCUACGGCAUCUUCCAGGCAAAGUACAAUGACAUCUACGGCGCCAAAGGCCAAUCCCAGUCCAGCAUCUCCUUCGUCGGCUCGCUUGCCUCCGGCUUCCAGUUCGGCUUCACCAUCAUUGCUGGUCCCGUCAUGAACCGGUUUGGGCACAAAAUCGUCCUCUGGUCUGGGUGUAUCGUGGGAUCCCUCGGUCUUCUCCUUGCCUCAUGGUGUACCCAACUCUGGCAGCUGUAUCUCACCCAAGGCAUCAUGUUUGGCAUCGGCGCCUCGCUUCUUAACCUCGCUGCCACCGCCAUCCCGCCUCUCUGGUACGACAAGCAUCGCGGACUGGCCAUGGGAAUCUGCUUCUGCGGCGCCGGUAUCGGAGGCCUUGCUCUCGGAUUCAUCAUCCCCGCCUUGAUCAAUGCAGUGGACAUCUACUGGACUCUGAGGAUCUAUGCCAUCUUCCACUUUGUGUGCACGGCCUUUGCGGCGCUAGUCAUGCGUGCGCCCAGACAAUUAGCAGGUCCAACAGUCGCACCCAAGAAGGAGGUCAUGAAUCUUGCGAUCAUGAAGGACCUCGGAUUCAUGCUCUGGUUUCUGGCGGCGGCGCUGUUCGGAUUCGCAUAUGUGGUGCCCUUUACGUAUGUGCCCUCGUAUGCCAAGGACAUCAUCGGACUCGACCCGAAUGUACAGGGAGGACAAUUGUUGGCGAUCAUGUCCGCUGCCAAUGCCGUCGGACGUAUCGUGAUCGGAUUCGCGGGCGAUCGCUUGGGUGCCAUCCCUGUGGCCGCGUUCGGGUUUCUCGCUGCAGGCGGCAGCUGUUUCAUCUGGAUGUUUGCGCAAUCGCAAGCAGUGUUGACGGCGUUCUCGGUCGUGUACGGAUUCUUCUCGGGAGCGUUCUUCACGUUGGUGGCCUCGAUUACGGCGAACAUUGUUGGAUUGCCAAACUUGGGAUCGGGACUGACGGUGAUCUUCUUGACGAACACACCUGGCAACUUAUUCACGCUGCCGAUCGCAGGAAGGAUCUUUGAGCAGGCUGGGGACUACAAGGCGAUGAUCGGAUACAAUGCAGCGAUGUAUCUGGGUGGAGGACUGAUCCUGAUCUUCUUGAUGUUCUACAACCGCUAUACCACUCGUGCCUAGGCCAGUUGAGGGGCCAUCCAUAGACUCCCCAUCCCUAAUAGAUAAUAGUCUAUUCUUG